UAAAUUUAACAGGACGGUCCCAUCUUGAGUUAGUUGAGUACAGUUGUUUUACUCUCAUAGGCUGGCCAUUUACUGUAAAAGAUGCUUCAGACGCACAUUUCCUCCACAGCGGUUGUGUUGCAAAAAGUACAGACGAGUCAGCGGACGCCUAAAUGGACUAUGACGCACAAUAGCUAUGCGGUCUAGGUAGGCAGCUCACUGGUGUUUGAGACACGGCCAAUGUGGCACGAGCAUAUGAACGCGUAAUCCACGCAAUGAUCUUGAGAGUGUCCAAGUCCAAGACCUUUAAAAUUCUGCAUCUCUGGACGGAAAGGACAGAAUAAACCGCUGCUUUAAAAUAUAAGAUCUGUGUAACUGGAAGAACAAAGAAGGAAGUUUUAUAGUUGUCCUCAGUCAUGCAGAAGGCAGGGACGGCCCCGUCUUCCCGGGGUCCAAGUGCUCCUGGAUCCCCAGCCACCUCUAUUGUGGCACGGAUGGACAAUCAGGUCAUUGGAUAUAAGGACUUGGCAGCCAUUCCCAAAGACAAAGCCAUACUCGAGGUGGAACGGCCAGAUCUGAUGGUGUACGAGCCGCAUUUUAAUAUCUCAGCCCUGGAUCGGACGGGUCUCUCCAGAAGCAGAGAGAGAUCAAUGUCACCUCACUCGAUCUCGCCGCCUCCUUCCCCUGAGAUAUUUUCCUCAAAAGAGUGGCCAGAGCAGGGUUCUCCAGGAGGGUCCAACAUGGGCUCCACGGUGCACCUCCGCAAAAUCAGCCCUGCUUCCAAAGGCCCCAUGCAGCACUUCCACAGGCCAGACAGUGGCAUCAACAUCUAUAAGAAACCACCAAUUUACAAACACGAAAGAGAGACUGGAAUGUCUCAUAAUAAACAUGAUGUCAUCAUUGAGUCCUCCAAGUUCCCAGCAGCCCAACCACCUGAUCCCAACCAGCCUUCAAAGAUAGAGACCGAGUACUGGCCCUGUCCACCCUCUCUAGCUACUAUGGAGAUCGAGUGGAGAAAGAAAGCAGCCGAGCAGGGAAAACCAAUGGAGGACGAUGAGUUUGAGGACCUGACUGAAGAUGCAAAGAGACUCCAGGAACAGGAACUCCUGAAGAUACAGUCCAACUUGGGAAAAUUAAUCCUGAAGGAGGAAAUAGAGAAUUCAGGGCUCAUCCGCAGAAAAACACGUUCCUUGCCAGAUGGGACAAACAUACUUUUGGGAUCAUCAGCCAGUGCUACUAAAUCCGCUUCUUUACCUCCUUGCAGUCGAACAGGCCUCACAAGGCUGCAGUCUGCAGACUUUCCCUCCACAGACAAUGGAAAAGUAAAAACAGGUGUACAGAAUGGCGAUUCACAGAGUGGGAGAAUGGACAGAGGAAACUCUCUUCCUAGUAUUCUGGAACAGAAGAUAUAUCCAUAUGAAAUGCUGAUUGUGACCCACAGAGGGCGCAGUAAGCUUCCUCCAGGUGUUGACAGAACCAGAUUAGAGAGGCAUCUGUCUCCAGAAGACUUCCAGAGCUUAUUUGGAAUGGCCAUCACAGAAUUUGAUCGUCUGUCGCUAUGGAAACGGAAUGACCUGAAGAAGAAAGUGUCCCUUUUCUAACAUUUGGACAUUUGGACUCGGACAUUGAAACACUCUCCCUCCAGAGACGCUAGUAAUAACCACUCUAAUCCAAUACGGAUGCUAUGCAGACAUUUCAAGAUAAGUAAGGAAGAUGACGCAACAUUACCAGACGUUAUUUCAAUCACACAUACAGCAGUCUCUCAAUAUGUCUCUGGUGUACAUAAUAAAGACAGGGAUGACUAUUCACGCAUCCCUUACAGUCACUCCAUAUAUGAAAACUCGGAUUAUUAGUGAUGGAUUAUCGAUUUCAUAAACCGCUUCAGCCCUUUCUUUACGCCUUAUGUCUAUUUUAAAAUCUUAAAGUGCCCAGAGAAGUUUAUAAUAAUAGGCCUAUAUAUUUACACAAAGUUUAAAUUGUAAACCAUCUCUUUUGUUUCAACUGUGUUCACUGAUAUUACACUAUAAAAGUUAUUUAUUGUAUCCCAAACAUGUCUGGCACUGUACAUAUAUCAUGUUAUUUUUAUCUAUUCGUGAUGUUGAUUCAGUUAAGCUUAUAAAAAACACUAGAUGAACAUUUCUACCACCUUGAAAAAAAUGAAAUGUUCCUUUUUCAGUCAUUAAAAAAAUGCAUGGACACGGAGUAUACAAAAUUUAUUGAGUUUUACCGAUACAAGCCACUGCGAAAUAUGACUCCCAUUUGUGCUAAUAGCAACAGUGUUAUAUUGUGGACUAAUUUGACAUAACUAAGCUCAGGCUUGCUGGAAAGAUCUGGCUUUUGGUUCUCGUACACUGUUGGUGCUUCAUGCAGUAGGUUGUAAUUACUGAACAACACUAGAAUAGCUUUGUUCCACACGAAGCCUUUAGCAAACCAUUUACUUCAAUUUCAAAUGUCUGUUGCCGAUGCAUACAUACGGUUUUCCACUGCCGUUAGUAGUUAUUCUCCAUUGCAGUCUUUUGAAAUGGCAUAGGUGUUAUCAAAUCAUACUGGACACUGUCCAACGUUCAUGUGUCUGGUCAUAGUUGUCUCAUCACCGUUUUUCUGUAACAACACGGUGUUAAGUUGAAAAAAUAAAAGCUUCAUGUUA